AUGUCCCCUUUUCAAGCCUUAUAUGGGCGAGAGGCUCCAGUCCUUUCCCGUUAUGUUCAUGAGACGUCUCCCAUUAUUGCUAUUGAUCAGGAACUUCAAAGAAGGGAUGAGGUGCUUCGAAGUCUCAAGAUCAACCUUGCCCGCACCCAAUCGCAAAUGAAAAUUCAAGCAGACAAGGCUCGUAUACAAACAGAAUUUGAAGACGGGGAUUGGAUCCUCAAGUGCAUUGGCAAGGUUGCAUACCAGCUUGACCUAUCAGUAACAGCUCACUUACACCCUGUAUUCCAUGUGUCGUUAAAAUGUUGCGUAGGAGAUCCUGCAAGACAGGCCAUUCAGCUCCCACUUACAGCCACAAAGGAGGACAUUACGCCUUGUCCCGUUGAUAUCCUGAGUGCUCGAUCGCUAUCUCAGCAAGGCCAAUCAGUGGAUCAAGUGCUCGUCUAG